AUGGGUGCGCUCUUUCGCAGCGAGGAGGUGUGUCUGGUGCAGCUCUUCCUCCAAUCAGGAUCAGCCUACAGCUGCAUCAGCGAGCUGGGGGAGCUGGGAUUGGUGGAAUUCAGAGACCUGAAUCCCAACCUCAGCGCCUUCCAGAGGAGGUUUGUGGGGGAAGUGAGGCGCUGCGAGGAAAUAGAGAAAACUCUCUCGUUUCUGGAGCAGGAGACUGGCCGCUCCUUCUCUCCCAGGCUGGUGAGUCCGCUCCAGCCCCCAUGUCCCGCCCCCUCUGCCCCCCAGCCCAGAGAGCUGCUGACCAUCGAGGAGGAGAGCGAGAGGCUGGCUGGAGAGCUGAAGGAGGUGUCCAAGAACAGAGAGAGUCUCUGGAGCCAGUUAAUCCAGCUGUCUCAGUACAGAGGAGUUCUGAUCCAGACUGAUUCCCUCAUUGCCCCACGGACCCCACCACGCUUCCUGAAAUCUUCCUCCUCUUUGGACAACAGACAGGACAUUCGACUGAGUUUCGUGGCGGGUGUGGUCCACCCCUGGAAAGUGCUGGCCUUUGAGCGGUUGCUAUGGCGAGCAUGUCGUGGCUACAUCAUCGUAGACUUUCGAGAGAUGGAGGAAAGACUGCAGCUGCCUGACACUGGGGAGGAGCUGCAAUGGACUGCUUUCCUCAUCUCCUAUUGGGGGGAUCAGAUUGGGCAGAAAGUCAAGAAGAUCUGUGAUUGCUUCCACACUCACACCUUCAUGUACCCAGAGAGCUCUGUGCAGAGGCAGGAGAUCCUGCUCGAGCUGGAGGACAGGAUUGGAGACAUCAAGACAGUGCUGUCCCAGACGGAGCGGUACCUGCAGCAGCUGCUGGCCCGUGUGGUGGCGGUUCUGCCCCAGUGGAAGGUCCAGGUCCAGAAGAGCAAGGCGGUCCAGGCGGUGCUGAACCUCUGCAGCCUGUCCGUCACCGACAAGUGCCUGAUCGCUGAGGCCUGGUGCCCCGUCAGCCAGCUGCCCGUCCUGCAGGGGGCGCUCAUAGAGGGAGGGAGGAAGAGUGGCAGUGUGGUGGACUCCUUCUAUAACCUCCUGACCCCUCCCAUCUGCCCCCCCACCCUCUUCACCACCAACUCCUUCACUGCUGGCUUCCAGAGCAUCGUGGAUGCCUACGGAGUGGCCAGCUACCGGGAGGUCAACCCAGCGGUGUACACCAUCAUCACCUUCCCCUUCCUGUUUGCCGUCAUGUUCGGGGACGUGGGUCACGGGCUGCUCAUCACGCUGGCCGCGCUCUGGAUGGUCCUGGCGGAGAAGGACCCCGCAAUGAGGGGCGGCUCCAAUGAGGUGUGGAAGAUGCUGUUUGAGGGCAGGUAUGUGCUGCUCCUCAUGGGUCUCUUCUCCAUCUACACGGGAGCCAUUUAUAACGAGUGUUUCAGCCGCGGCCUCAGUCCCUUCCCCUCCGGCUGGCACCUGCAGCCCAUGAUGCACCACUACAACUGGAGUGAUGACACCCUGUAUGGGAACCAGUACUUGACGCUGGAUCCCAGUGUGAGUGGAGUGUUCCAGGGCCCGUAUCCCUUUGGCAUUGACCCGGUCUGGAGGCUGGCCAGCAAUCACCUGACGUUCCUCAACUCCUACAAGAUGAAGAUGUCUGUGAUCAUAGGGGUGUUCCACAUGACCUUCGGAGUCUGCCUGUCCUUCUUCAACUACACGCACUUUGGGGAGAUGAGCAGUGUCUUCUUGGUUCUGAUCCCGGAGCUGGUCUUCAUGCUCUGUCUGUUCGGUUACCUGGUCUUCAUGGUGGUGUUUAAGUGGGUCUCUUUCGGCUCUCGGAGCUCAGACCGAGCUCCCAGCAUCCUCAUCCACUUCAUCGACAUGUUUCUGUUCACCCACAACAGGGAGAACCCACAACUCUACAGCGGUCAGGUGAUGGUGCAGAGGGUGCUGGUGGCUCUUGCUCUGUGUUCAGUGCCUGUCCUUUUGCUGGGGAAACCUGUUUAUCUCUACAUCACGCACAUCAAGAGAGUCAAUGGCACAGGAGACCAGCGCCCCCUACAGUCAGACACCAGCUCCAUCAACGUUCUGCAGGGGGACCUGGAACAGGAGAAGGUGAGACAGGAAGACUUUGACCCAGCAGAGGUGUUCAUGCAUCAGGCCAUCUACACCAUAGAGUACUGCCUGGGCUGCAUUUCCAACACUGCCUCCUACCUGCGACUGUGGGCCCUCAGCCUGGCACACACACAGCUCUCGGAGGUCCUGUGGGUGAUGGUGAUGCGGGUCCCCCUCUCCCGGCCCGGCUGGCUCGGCUGUGUGUUUCUGGUCGGGAUCUUCUCCUUCUUUGCCCUGCUCACUGUCUCCAUCCUGCUGGUCAUGGAGGGUCUGUCCGCCUUCCUGCACGCGCUGCGUCUGCACUGGGUGGAGUUCCAGAAUAAAUUCUACAGCGGAUCAGGCUACAGGCUCAGCCCUUUCUCCUUCACCUCCAUCAUGAAUCCCGUUUAA